CCCUUGAUUAUAUUUUAACCGAUUUGAUACUGUGAACCGCUAGUUCUAAAGCAUGAGAUUUAUCAAUAGUUUGUCAUCUGGGUAUAUUAAGGACGGGCUAAAAAAAUUUCUUCUCGUUUCUGACCUGUUAUGGAAAAGGAAAUUUUGAUUGACUUGAGGUAAAAAAAUUUCGAUAUCUUCGAAAUAUGGUUUAUAAAGAAUCCUAAGUUCGAAAGGUACCUCGCCAAUUCAGAUUUAUAUUUGGUGUACUACCAAAUGGAGGAGGGGGGAGAGACGUUCACGUAAUCUAACUAUAAUCGUGCAGUUAUAUCACCUUAUGGACGAACUUGUCUGAUAAGUGAAUUUUCGUGGUACGAAUGUCAAAUUCUUUAAAUUAGGAGUGAAAUAUUGAAAAAAAUGCAGAAUACGGUACACAAUCAUCUACGUUGAUAGAAGUAUGUGUAUACAUUUGGGGAUUUCAUACAAUUCAAAUCGUUUUGAAUUGAGAAAUUUUUCAGAGAAUAUUUUGAUACAGCAACGUCGUAGGUCUCAACCACAUCUGACUUCCGUCAAUGUUGUUUAUCUUAUCUGUAUCAGAAUCGAUGUUCGCGACUGCGUAUGGAAUCGUUUAGUUCAUUUUGCUCAAAUCGGAUGGUUUGCUAAAUGUGAAUACAUAAUUUUCUGUAUUAUAUAACAUUCUUGACCAGUCGUCCAAAAAUUCCACUCGAACACUAUACUUUUACUGCGGCCCGGAGUAGCGUGCUCAAAUGAUUGACGGACGGAUGAAACUGAAAUGUAGCAUAUUCUAACGCAAAAAGUUUCGGUUGGAGGACCAAUGCUGUUUCCUUUUAUUUACUAGCAAGAGCAGUGCUCUCAGCAGCCCUUUCCACGGAUCGUGACCGCGAGAAUUGUCGAGGCCGGAGGCGUGUUGUUAGAAUCCAGUCACUUCCCUACUGAUUACAUCCCACAGUUGAGUUGGACCUGCCUGAGGUGAAUUAUUUGUGUGCCCCGUCCUGAGGCAUUCGUUGAAGUUUCGUUUUCCGAUUACAAAUGAAGGCCAAGGUUUCCCUGUACUCCGUGUAAUUGAGAUUUUUUCGGAUCGGUGUAUCUCCCUGAUAGUCCAUAACCUAACACAACCCUAUCCCUUACCUAACCAUACCUAACCUUACCAAUAUUAUAAGCAGACGCACGCCUGCGGAAUAUCGGUGCUAGGCGGUAGACCAAUCGAGUCAGUCCGUACUCCGUCGCCGCUGCGUGUUGAGAUCACAUAUUUCAGUCGCGGGCGACAGACCUAGCUAUGUGACGAAAGUUAGGAAUUAUCCGUGUAUCUUUGAACGCCACAAGGUCUUCGAACGAGGGUUUAAGGUCCGAGGAAAACGGCAACAAACUAUACCCGGAGAUAAUGGAGUGUCCGCACCUGGCCCAAAGCGUAAGACUUGACGCCAACAUCGAGGCGAACUGUACAAAGGAUCUGCCAUUCCUAUGCGCAGUAUGUGGCACUGAAAAGAGCGCAUGGCUUUGUCUACACUGUGGAGCUGUACAUUGUGGAAGAUUUGUAGCAGGUCAUGCUAUCCAACACCAUGAACAAAAUACUCAGCACUGUGUGUGCAUUGACUGUGAAAACCUUGUAGUAUUCUGUUACUCUUGUGAUGAGUAUGUAGUAAAUGACACAUUAAAUGGGCAGAUAGAAAAGAUUCGGAGAAAUACUUUUCCUAAGAGUAUGCAUAAAGAAAAUGACGACACCUGGAAUGAAUCCCCAGAAGAAAACGGAACAGACUCAGAUGCGUUAUGGAAAGCUGAAGUUGUUGUGAGAAAUCUCAGACCAAGAACACGAAAAAGAUCUCAUUUGUUAGAUGGUUCUAGUUCAGAGAAUAGGCCGGUGGUUAAAAGAAAAGGCUCAAAAGCAACUAAAGAGAAGAAAGUUGUAGGACUAAGAAAUUUGGGAAACACUUGUUUCAUGAAUGUUGUAUUACAGUCAUUUAACAACAUUAGCCACUUUUGUGAAUAUCUUACGAAAAUGCCAAGUCUUGAGGGUGUGGCUUUCAAUGAAAAUCAGACACAUAGAGGAAGGAUCGUUGCUCCGGGGCGCGCAAGAGAGCUGAGUGACGCGUUAUUGGCAGAAGAAUUGAGAAAAGUCCUCUUAAGUUUGAGCCUUGGUGGAUCAAACGGCCAGGCAAUAUCCCCCGAAUGUCUGUUCUUGGUCAUUUGGAAAGUGGUACCACGUUUUAGGGGUUACCAACAACAGGAUGCUCAUGAAUUUCUCACAUACAUGUUGGAUCGACUUCACACAGAAUUAUUACAGCUUCUGCCUCGACUAGGGCAUGAACCUCUAGGACUCAGGGGGAAGCAAAGUAUUGUCACUGCAGUAUUUGGUGGAACACUCUUGAGCGUGGUACACUGUAUGAACUGUCGUACGGAUUCGAAGACACACGAACCAUUCCAAGAUCUUUCCCUGGAUAUACCAGACAGAUUUCACAGGCGAACGAAGGAACAGGAAGAGACUUGCUGUCUGACGUACAGUUUGGCAAGAUUCUUCAAAGUAGAAGAACUUGCUGACAGCGAACUCUAUUUCUGUGACAACUGCAUGGGGAAACAGCGUUCUACAAAAAGGUUCUGGGUUCACAGGCUGCCCAACGUGCUGUGCCUUCAUAUUAAAAGAUUCAGAUGGUGUAACUCACAACGUUCCAAGCUCGAUACUCAAGUCGAGUUUCCUAUGGAAUCUUUAGACAUGUCAGAAUUUACUGUUCGAGGUGUUUCUGGGACAAGAGUGAGUGCUCAGGGUAGUCAUCUUUACGACUUGGCUGCCGUCAUAGUACAUCAUGGUUCAGGCGCUGGAACAGGACAUUACACAGCCUUUGCUGUCCACGAUGGACAGUGGUUCCAUUUCAAUGAUAGUUCUGUAAGGCCCACAAGUGCUGAGGCUGUUGCUAAAUGUAAGCCUUACAUUCUGUUCUACGUUCGGAAGGAGUUCUCAAUCCCUCCUCCCUUGUGACGUCUUUUCCCUCACCCUCACCUUUGACUUGACACUCACCCAAACCCUCGUCCUCAUCCUCGCCCUCGACCAAGACAUCGACUUCUCCCUUGUCUUAGUCCAGGUCUUCAUUCACGUUUCAUCGUACUCGACAACGAUGCAAAGCAAAACUGCUCAGGCCUUUUUAUUUUCAAGUGGUACCUAGGUGAUAGAGAUCAUUUGAAAUGUGAGUAAUAGAAGUAGAAAAUAAAUUUUAAUAUUAGUUGUGCUGUUCGAUUCACACUAAAACAAAACAUAAAUUAUUUCUUUGCUUUCUCCAAAGCGUCGUUAAACCUAAUAAGUAACUAAUUAAGUAUAUGUAAAUUGUACGCCUUUAUAUCGUUUUACCCUUCAGAUUCUCUGACCCCUUCAAACGAUCGUUUUGGGUUAAAAUUAUUCCGUAAUCCGUUUCAGUUUCGUAGGUAGGCAAGCAAAUACUAUAUUUUUCUAGCUGCCGAAGAUAUAAUAAAGAGUUGCCAAUUAUUUAAGUGAAGGUAAUUCAAUGUGAUAUAGAGAAAUGAAGGCAUUAAACGUAUAGGUGGUCGUAGAAAUAUAUGUAUGUGGGUGCUGUAAAAAAAAAAGAACUAACGUCUGAUCACGAAAUCAUUAUUAUAGCCUUGUAUAAGUUUAGAAACGUAAAAGUUCCUUUCAUUUUUUUAGUAUAUUGCUCGCUGGAUCUCAUGCAAUGACUUCAAUUCUCUUUUUUGUUUCCGUUAUUGCCACGUGCGAUUAUCAAGUCUCAUGUCAGUAACUUGCUCACUGUUAAUCAUAAUUAAUCGUUGACUGGACCUGAAUUUACUUUCCAAAUAUUUUCUAGCUGAAUUUCAAUGUCAAAGUAACACAUGGAAUGUUUGGCUGAAUACAAGUAAUGUGAGAUUGUGAACUGGCAGUCAUGCAUUGAGAUUGCUAUAUUCAAGCUCCCUUAUCCUCCCUAUUGCCCUCAUUCCCUCCUCCUGGAUACUCGAAACUCUUAUGUGAUUAUUUGAAGACUUAUUUUUUUUAUAAUAAUAACGAUAAGUUAAUAUGUAAUAAAAAAAAAAAAAAACGUUUUAUUGAGGCGAUAAUAAUUAACAAAAAUCAUUCUUACUCGUACAGAACUCGAUGCGAACGAACAAAAUUAAGCUGUAUUAACGAACACAGGUUGAUAUGUACGAACGGUCAACUAGUAAUAAUAGAAAUUAAAAUUAAAAAGCCAAUUAAAUCGUAGAAUACUA